GAACAACCGCUGCUUGCAAAUCACACGCACACUCAAGGACCAGACAGUGCCUGACCGCCGUGGCUGGGUGUAGGUCAAACGGAACUCACCAUGGCUCGAGAUGAUUCACAGCGAAUCCUUCUCUUUGGCCUUCCGUUGCUAGUCGCAUCAGUGUGGACAUUCCUUGUCGUUUUGCAUAUCAAUGCAGAUGGAAGAAGAAGGGAUUAUGAAGAAUUCAACCUAUCAUCAUCAUCAUCAUCAUCAUCAUCAUCAUCAUCAUCAUCAUCAUCAUCAUCAUCAUCAUCGUUGUUGUCAUCGACUUCGCCACGAUCCUCUUCACGAUUGACGCCAGGAUGGAGUGCUUCUCUAUUGUGGAAUGAGCACCACUACUCUCAGGAUGCUCCCCUCCGGAGGAAGGUAGAUGGCUAUGUGGAGCGUCGAUCAGUGCUUGCUGGUGCCCCUCUGACGAUCGUAAACAGCUCAAUUGUUGUGGGAAGCAAGGUAGUGUUUCAACACAAGCCAGCGGUGUCGCCAUUCAACGUGUCCUCCUCCUCCAAUCCACCGCUUGACUGUUUCUCCACGCCCAGGAGCAUAACGUCCGACCCCAACGAGCCUGUUCUGUACUUCAUUCUCGAGUCGCAAUGCUCCUUGCCUAAUGCUCCACCGGAUCACAGGCUGGUGUCGUACUGGAAGUUGAACCUCAGCCGUCCGUACAACGGUACGGAGAAUGGUGUACGGAUCAGUUACUGGUGGCCAGAGACAAACACAAACACGACAAGCGUUGGGGUUCCUGUGGUGCAGCAGAUCGGCAGCAGCGGCUGGACGCCGGUUAUGGCGGACGUCAAUGGUAUGGACCUUCUUCCAGGCUCGACGAAGCAGUUGGUACUGGGUGAGAGCACGUGGCCCACACAAAAUUCGAAGUCAAAGCUUGCACUUUUAUCUACCGAGGAUGGCAAUCGAUCGUGGAGCUUCUCCAACCUUGACAAGGCUAUGAGCUUGGCAAUGAAUCCGAACAAGACGAAGAUCUUCGUUGCUGAUGCUUAUCCACCUAAUUAUCGCCUACUAUCUGCCUCGGUGGCAGCUCCACCAAAUCCUCCUCUGUCGAACGAGACCUAUUUCGAGCAGUUGGCAAUUUUUCAAAAGGGUGUAGCUGGCAGUGCUAACAUAAGCGAAAUCUGGUUUCGGCCGCAGAGCUUCGAUCCUAAUGGCACGUGCCUUUAUUUUAUCGACAGCACUUUUAACAAGAUAUGGGCCAUGGAGCCAUUACCCAACAAGCCCCCCACACUUGUGGCGGGUACGGGCAUUGCAGGAUUCCAGGAUGGGGAUGCAAGCACGGCGAAAUUCGAGGUACCUAGAGAGCUUGUCGUCAGUCCAGACGGAUACAACAUCUUUCUGACGGAGAAAUAUGGUUUUCUUCGCUGGAUUACACUUGAAUCACCAUGCGGCAAGGCUAGAACAGUCAUGACGUUGGCUUCGUCGGCCAACGAUGGGUUUAGGGGACUGGCGAUGCAGGGCGCCAACAGCACACACCUCCGGCUGUAUCUCGGGACAUCGGGCGGUACAAUCGUUGAGUUAGAGAUAGAUCGAGCAUUUCUAUACAUGGGCCCUCCCCCCUCUCCCAGUGUACCUCCCUUCUCGGCUCCCUGGGAGGACACCAUGUCCACUUCCUCUCCCAUCGACAGCCGCUCGUCAUCCUCGCCAUCGCCAUCUUCUUCGCAAAACUCUCCCCUCUCCUUCCCCUCUCCGUCUCUCACUCUCGAUCCAGUCCCAAUCCGACUGCCCAAGAGCGGGUCAGGCAGCCGCCAGUACGUCGUUAUCUUCGUUCCUCUCGUAGCUGCUUUGGCCGUUGCAAUUUCUGUCGUUGGAUUGGUCUACAUCUGCCAUCGCCGUCGGCAACGCCAAGCUGACGUCAACGUUGACAAGAAGCUCCCCACCGCCGGGGCUCAUGGUCGGUCGGAUGCGGAGAACGUCGCACUGGUCGCAGGGCUUCAACCCAGUUUUAUUCGGGCUUUCCCGCUCGAGCUGCUGAGGCAUCUCACAGGCAGUUUCCACAGGGAUUACAUGAUUGGCAAAGGCGGGGCGUUUGGACACGUGUACUGGGCUCAGCUGAGUGACGACUCUGAGCCCCUGGCAAUCAAGGUCAUGGAGGGGCGAUUGACUGAAAGCAAGCGACAACAGUUCGCGGCUGAAGUGAACACUCUCAGCCGACUUCAUCACCACAAUCUUGUCAGGCUGAUUGGUUAUUGCGAGGACGAGAGCCAAUCGGCCCUCGUCUACCCGUUCUUCCCAGGCGGUAGCUUGAAUCAGAGGUUACACAACCCGUCGUCGGUACGUGGGCAGCAGCGCGGCUUCCUGCCACUAACUCUGAAACAGCGAGCGUCCAUAGCCCAUCAGAUCGCAGAGGGGAUCAGAUACCUUCACUGCGGUGCAGACCCUCAAGUCAUUCAUCGAGAUAUCAAGAGCAGCAAUGUUCUGCUGCGCGAUCUAGGUAAUGGGGAGAUCCAUGCGGUCGUGGCAGACUUUGGGCUGGCGACUUUCGUUGAGAGAGUGUAUGAUGCGACAGCUGAGGACAUUGUGAGGUCGACGAGAGCUGCCGGAACACUAGGUUACAUGGACCCUUCGUAUGCACUUCACCGUAAGCUAACGGUCAAGGCUGACGUGUACAGUUUUGGCGUGGUCAUCUUCGAGCUCAUGACGGGGAAGAAGGCGAUCGUGGUGACAGAUGGCCAGGGAAUAACGCUAGCUGAUUGGGUAAAGUCGUUUGGUUCUCUCUCGACUGGUCAUCUUGCUAUGAAGGGGGUUCUAGAUGCCUGUGUGGCAGAGGAGAUUCGAAAGGGUUUCGAUGAGGAGAACAUGGUUGCCGAGAUGCUUCGAUUGGCGGAGGACUGCACUGAGGAAGAUGAUGUGAGGAGGCCCGACAUGGGUACCGCAGCAGAGAGAAUGAAGACAAGCAUAGCCGUAACGAAGAAAAGGCACGGUCCGUAAUAGAUAUCAUAAAUUAUGGAGAGGGCAAAGUCGAUUACCAGUUGGUCAUAGGAACUUAAUUAGUUGGUGGAGAGAGAGAGAGAGAGAGAGAGAGCGACCAAAGCAGUUUUGUAACAAAUGGAGAGGAAGCGG